AUGGGAAUUGCAUUGAUCUGGUGUUUAGCUCUGAUCCUUAUCAAAUGGAUUACUUGUAAGAGACGUGGAGCAAUUUCCUAUGACAGCUCUGAUCAGACUGCGUUGUACAUUCGUAUGCUAGGAGAUGUGCGAGUAAGAAGUCGGGCAGGAUUUGAAACAGAGAGAAGAGGUUCUCAUCCAUACAUUGAUUUCCGUAUUUUUCACUCAAAUUCUGAAAUCGAGGUGUCUGUGUCUGCGAGAAAUGUGAGAAGGUUGCUUAGUUUCCAGCGAUACCUAAGAUCUUCCCGUUUUUUCCGUGGUAUCACUGUUCCAAAUUCUUCAAACAUUUUAGAUGAUGAUUAUAAUGGACAAGCAAAGUGUAUGCUGGAGAAGGUCGGAAAUUGGAAUUUUGAUAUUUUUCUUUUUGAUAGACUGACAAAUGGAAACAGUCUAGUCAGCUUAACCUUUCAUCUGUUUAAUCUUCAUGGACUAAUUGAACACUUCCAGUUAGAUACGAUGAAACUUCGUAGAUUUUUGGUUAUGGUUCAAGAAGAUUAUCACAGUCAAAACCCUUAUCAUAAUGCAGUUCAUGCUGCUGAUGUGACUCAGGCCAUGCACUGUUACUUAAAAGAGCCCAAGCUUUCCAAAUCUUUAACUCCAUGGGAUGUUCUGCUCAGCUUAAUAGCAGCUGCCACACAUGAUUUGGAUCACCCAGGCGUUAACCAACCUUUCCUAAUUAAAACAAACCAUUACUUAGCAACUUUAUAUAAGAAUACCUCAGUAUUAGAGAACCAUCACUGGAGAUCAGCAGUGGGGUUGCUGAGAGAGUCUGGUUUAUUUGCACAUAUGUCAUUAGAAAACAGGCAGCUGAUGGAAAGCCAGAUAGGUGAUCUCAUUCUUGCCACAGACAUCAGUCAGCAAAAUGAGUAUCUGUCCAUGUUUCGAUCCCAUUUGGAUAGAGGAGACCUAUGUUUAGAGAAUGCGAAUCAUCGUCACUUCAUUUUACAGAUGGCUUUGAAGUGUGCUGAUAUUUGUAAUCCAUGUCGGACAUGGGAGCUGAGUAAGCAGUGGAGUGAAAAAGUAACAGAGGAGUUCUUCCAUCAAGGAGAUAUUGAAAAAAAGUAUCACUUGGGUGUGAGUCCACUUUGUGACCGACAGACGGAAACUAUUGCCAACAUCCAGAUUGGUUUUAUGACUUACUUAGUGGAGCCGCUGUUUGGGGAAUGGGCCCGGUUUUCAAACACCAGGCUGUCGCAGACAAUGCUUGGCCACCUGGGACUGAACAAGGCUAGCUGGAAGGGAGUGCAGAGGGAACAGUCUGGCAGUGGUGACGAUGUUGACCCCGCUUUUGAGGAAAUGGACUCAGACAUAUUACCUCAGGAACCUCGAUUGUCCUGACCUCAAUCUUCAUGACAAAACUGCCUCUUCUCACGGUUCUGCACGGUUGGAUUAAAGGAGAUACUUGCCUGCCCC